AUGGAAGCAAACGCCAACAAUACCGGACAUUCCACACCAACGUCCUCUUCGCGCGUCUCUUCCUUCCUCUCCCUCAAGAAAUCCCAAUCCUCAACCAAUCCCCCGGCCUCAGCGCUAGCAACAACACUAUCAUCCGAGCAACCACCCCCGAGAACUCUCUUCUCCUCCGCCCAGGACGAAACCGCCGACCUCCUCAAGACCGUCCACCAUGCGCGCACGCAACUCCGCGAGGUACAGCGCCUGUACCACCUCAAGGCCACAUGGCUGGAUGCCACCGAGACGCACUGGAUCGAAGCCACGAUGGCCGAUCUGGACGAUGCGGUGCGCGCGGCCGCGCUGCUGGUGGAGCCGGCCCGCGUGGAGCAGGAGACCCGGCGGCGUCGGGGGAGUAUCGGCCUGGCGACGCAGCUGCGGUGGGUGUGUCGCGAUAGCCGGCGGGCGCGGUUGCAGCGCAGUCGGCUACUGAUGUGUCACCAGAGUUUGAUGGUGGUGUUUGAGCGGUUGCGUGGGGUGCAGGUUCCCACUGGUGGUGCUGCAUACCAGCAGGAGCAGGAUGUGAUGGAGUUGCCGGCUGGUGAGGUUGUGAGGCCGGAGGAUGGAGGUGGCUCGGUGGGCGGAAGGGAAGAAGGCGCAGGAGGGGGUUUGUCGGGUGGAUUGGAGGAAGAGAUGUUGGAUUUGCUACGGUGGAGGCAGUCUAAGGGGAAUGCGGCUGCUGUUCGUCGAGCGGAGGAGGUUUUGGCUGAUGCGGGUGUUUGA